CGGAAAUGCGUGUUCUAGCUUUCUGUGUGCUUAGGUGCCCGAGCUACUGAGGGUCUAAGUCCGGGCAGCCGAAGAGUGUGGUUAGCAAGAUGAACAAAGAUGCGCAGAUGAGAGCAGCAAUUAACCAAAAGUUGAUAGAAACUGGAGAAAGAGAACGCCUCAAAGAGUUGCUGAGAGCUAAAUUAAUUGAAUGUGGCUGGAAGGAUCAAUUGAAGGCACACUGUAAAGAGGUAAUUAAAGAAAAAGGACUAGAACACGUUACUGUUGAUGACUUGGUGGCUGAAAUCACUCCAAAAGGCAGAGCCCUGGUACCUGACAGUGUAAAGAAGGAGCUUCUACAAAGAAUAAGAACAUUCCUUGCUCAGCAUGCCAGCCUUUAAGAUUGAAUUAGAUUGUGUUAUUCUGUGAUUUUAUUUCUGAAAGUAAAACUUGCCAUAAAUUAGACAUCAGCUUCCCAGAAUAAAAAUCCUUUUUUGUAUGAUGGUAUACAGUUUUCAGUAAUGAUAUACAUUGUAUUGAUUUUUUCCCUAAAUGUGUUAUUUUAAUAAAUAUCUCAUGAAUAAGUUUUGAAGUUUGCUUGGAUUUUGGAAUAAAUGGGACUUUGUCUUUAUUACUAAUUCACCAGAUUUGUUAAGAGAGAAAGCAUUUAAUAUAGUUUAAGUACUUAGUAUGUGCAAUUCUGUGUUAACAGCUGAGAUGUAGUCUUUUCUAAUUGUCUGCAUAUGGUGUAUUCCUUUUUUGAAUCCCCAUAAUAUUUUAUAAAUUGUAAUGCCCCAUCUUGUACUACAGUUGUCUUAUUCUUACUUGUUAUAAACUCUUAGGGUUAAGACUGGGUCUUACUCAUCUUAUACGUGCCUUCCUUAUGCUUCAAAGAAUUUACCGUCUAAUGGAAGAGAGAAUAUUUGCAAGUUGGCUCCAUACCAAGUUUCUUCCACAUAUUCUACUCAUCUGAACUUUGAACGAUGCAGCAUCUUUAAAUUGCAUCCCCACAUACUAAGGUCAAGAAAGAACUUAAUGGGAAAUAAUCUCCACCUGUUAGCUUUACUCUGCCAUCAAGAUUGCCAAAUCCAACGGACUCUUGCCUCUUCCUGUGUGACCUCUGCUGGAAAACAAGAAUAUUGACCAUCCUGCCACUUGGACUCUCUUCCCGCACCUCACAUUGUUUCUUCCUACCACUGGAAGUUCCUUCUGUUUCUUGUGGAGUACCUUUUGCUGUAUGGGACUUUUAAAUAAUGAUGUUUCUUAAGGCUCCCUCCUGGGCCCUCUGCCUGCCUGGAUAUUCUUUUCCUGGGCAAACGUGGGUCAGACCAUGGGUUCAGAUGCCAACAAGUUGAUAAAUGCUAAACUGCGUCUUCA